GACUAAGGGAUAGGUAAAGUUGCUGAAUCAUAGAAUAGAUCUAGAUCUAUAGAUUUCUAAAUCUUCAAUGUCUUCUUUAGAGGAUAAAUCAAUUUGGGAUGAUGGCGAGGAGUCUGUUGGAGAAGAAGUGUUGCGUAUGCCAACUGAUGAGAUUGUAGGAAGAACUAGACUACUUGAUAAUGAAAUUAAGAUUAUGAAGUCAGAAAUUAUGCGCAUUCAGCAUGAGUUGCAAGCUCAGAAGGAAAAAAUAAAGGAAAAUACAGAAAAAAUCAAAGUCAACAAAACUCUUCCAUACUUAGUUUCCAAUGUGAUUGAGUUAUUAGAUGUUGACCCUCAAGACCAAGGAGAAGAAGAUGGUGCUAACAUAGAUCUUGAUUCCCAAAGAAAGGGAAAAUGUGCAGUCAUAAAAACAUCUACCAGACAGACAUACUUUCUUCCUGUGAUUGGACUUGUUGAUGCAGAAAAACUAAAACCAGGAGAUCUUGUGGGGGUUAAUAAAGAUUCUUAUCUCAUUCUGGAAACUCUACCAGCAGAAUAUGAUUCACGAGUAAAAGCUAUGGAAGUAGAUGAAAGACCAACAGAACAAUAUGCAGAUAUUGGUGGCUUAGAUAAACAAAUCCAAGAGCUCAUUGAAGCAGUUGUAUUGCCAAUGACACACAAAGAAAGAUUUGAAGCUUUAGGCAUUCAACCUCCUAAAGGUGUUCUUCUAUAUGGUGCACCUGGUACUGGAAAAACGUUACUAGCCAGAGCAUGUGCAGCACAGACCAAAUCAACAUUUUUGAAAUUAGCUGGACCUCAGCUAGUGCAAAUGUUCAUUGGUGAUGGGGCUAAACUAGUUAGAGAUGCUUUUGCACUAGCAAAAGAAAAACAGCCUGCAAUUAUUUUUAUUGAUGAACUUGAUGCAAUUGGUACUAAGAGAUUUGAUAGUGAGAAGGCAGGUGAUCGAGAAGUACAGAGAACUAUGUUAGAACUUCUUAAUCAAAUGGAUGGUUUUCAGCCAAACUCUAUGAUUAAGGUUAUUGCUGCGACAAACAGAGUGGAUAUUUUGGAUCCUGCUUUAUUAAGAUCAGGUCGUCUUGAUAGAAAAAUAGAAUUUCCUCAGCCAAACGAAGAAGCUAGAGCACGCAUUCUACAGAUUCAUUCUAGGAAAAUGAAUGUGAAUAAGGAUGUAAAUUUUGAGGAGUUGGCGCGAUGCACAGAUGAUUUUAAUGGAGCUCAACUGAAAGCUGUGUGUGUUGAAGCUGGUAUGAUUGCCAUGAGACGUGAAGCAACAGAACUUUCCCAUGAAGACUAUAUGGAUGCUAUAAUUGAAGUUCAAGCCAAAAAGAAAGCUAAUCUUCAAUAUUAUGCAUAGAUAUUUUUUUUUGCUGAAUCAACAUUAGCUUAAGUUUGUUAGAUAUUUUUCACACUUAUGACACAUUCAUAAUUUUAAGUAAUGUAUGGUACAUUAUUGCUUCUCAGUAGGAGUUCCUGAUAGAGAUGAAGUGCACCUUUAGCAUACCUUAUUUUUUAUUAUGGUAUAAAUGGUGUACAAGGAUCAGUUAAAUAAUCUCUAAAUGCUAUCAAGGGACAAAAGAUGUUAUUAAAUGUUUUGUGAUAAAAAUUAUAAAAAGAAAAA